GCUAAUUUCCCGUUUUGCUCUCUCUCUCUCUCUCUUCUUCUCAAAUUAGCCAACGCAGCGUUGGUCGCAUCCUCCCUCCACAACAAACCCUUUGAACGCGUGGAAGCUAUGAGGUUGACCGCGGCCAUGAGGGUGAUCCUGUUGUUCGCAGUGACCGUGCUGUCUCUGAGCCCAGCGGCGGAGAGCGGAGGCGAUAAGAAAAAGCUACAGAUCGGCAUCAAGAAGCGAGUGGACAACUGCCCCAUCAAGUCCCGCAAGGGAGACGUGCUGAACAUGCACUACACGGGCAAGCUGGAGGACGGCACGGAGUUUGACAGCAGCGUUCCCCGCGACAGGCCCUUCACCUUCACCCUGGGCACCGGGCAGGUGAUCAAAGGCUGGGAUCAGGGCCUGCUCGGCAUGUGCGAGGGCGAGAAGAGGAAGCUGGUCAUCCCCGCCGAGUUGGGCUACGGAGACCGGGGAGCUCCCCCGAAGAUCCCCGGAGGAGCGACGCUCAUCUUCGAAGUGGAGCUGCUCAGCAUCGAGAGGAAGUCCGAGCUUUGAUGAAGAGGAGAUGAAAAAGAAAUCAACUUUCAAUGCGUUCCAAGAGCUGCCCCAACAAUACUACUUCGAGAUCAUCUGACCUCUGAUGGAGACGCCAUGGAAUAUAUGGGAGUAGUGUGACGACCCACGACAGAGUCACUGUCCUCCUUACUGCGCUCACAUUUAUUGGUCUGAAGAUAUUAGAUGAUAUAAGAAGUGAAGUAGGGCCUUGUUAAGCAUUAGUAGAACUGAAAGUGAUCAAUUAAACCCAGUAUUUGGCUGCUGGUUGAUAAUCAAGUCAUGCCCUGUAGUUUCAUCUUUUUUUUAAAUAAUUGUUCCUGGAUUUUUCUAUAAGGAUUCAUUCAUAUUUUUAUAGUCUUUUCACAAAUAAAUUUAGUUGUUAACUUAGAAGGUUAACUCAGGCCAGAGAAAGAUUAAAAUAAAUGUUUGUCACCCAUCAUAAUAAAAUGAUCUUACAGGAA